AUGAAUAGUGGAAGCAGUGCUAUUGACUUAUAUAACUGCCUGAAAAGAGUGAUUUCUGAAAAAAAUAUCCCUUUCACUAAUCUUAUUGGAUUCAUAUCUGAUUCUUGCAAUGUGAUGUUUGGCAACCACAACUCCGUUUAUUCACUUUUAAAGGCUGACGCGCCGAACAUAGUAUGCAUCAAGUGCUCAUGUCACCUCAUACACUUAGCAGCCUCGAAAGCAUGCAUGAUUUUGCCACGUUCCGUAGAGGACCUCCUAAGGAAUGUAGGAUCUCAUUUCAGUAGAAGUGCUGGUCGCCAAGAACGUUUCAAAGAUUUUCAAGAAUUUUUUAAGACUGACAUCCAUCGUAUAUUACUACCUUCCAAUACAAGAUGGCUAUCUCUAAAACAGUGUGUGGACCGUACCUUAGAACAGUAUAAUCCAUUGGAAGCGUACUUCAGAGAAGAAGUAUUCAGGGAUCCAUCAAAAACAACGGAAGAUAUCCUGAAUACCUUUGCGAAUAAGUUCAAUAUCGUUUACCUUGAGUUUAUGAGCUACACAUUAGGACUUCUAACUGAAUUUAACAUACUCUUCCAGAGUGAAACAGCCUUGCUCUAUAAACUCAAACCCGAGACUGCGACUCUUCUGCGUACGCUGUGUGCUAAUUUUAUGAAGAGAGAAAAAACCAGCAAUAAAAAUGUAUUUGACCUCAAUCACAAAAAUCCCGACUUCUUCUGUUCACUGGACCAAAUUUAUCUGGGAAUCGCAGCGAAUGAAAGUAUUGCCGAUUUAAAGAAUAAUGCAUCCGAAAACGAAGUCACACUCUUUUUAAAAAAUUGUUUACAAUUUUAUAUUGAGCUGGUUUCCCAAAUAAAAAAGCGUUUUGUAUUUGACGAUGAUGUAUUUGAUAUAGUAAGCAUUGUCGACCCAAUGAACGCUCAAUCUUUUAGCGUCAGAACAUUGGCUAAAGUUACGAAGAGAUUUCCAAUUUUAAAGGAGUGUAUCAAUUGUCAAGAACUCGACAAUGAGUGGCGAGACCACGCCCAUAUAGAUUUUAAGGAAAUGGGUAUGGAUCCCACUAAAACUGCGGAAGAAUAUUGGAAGCAGGUAUUCGAAUUUCGAAACAGGGCAGGAGUGGCACAUGAAAAUAUUACUUUGGACAUUCUUCCCGGGCUUACAGACCAGUACAUAAGGGAACUAGCCCCGUCUAGACAGCUGUCGGUGAUCAAAUUCGACUAA